AUUAAACACCCGUAGCAAGAGACAAGACGAGAUGAUGUUUGCUGCAACUUCAAAAGAAAAACCGCCUCAAAAUGGCACCAUCAAGCCAGUGAAUCAGAUUUCUGGGAGUCCAAGAUAUUUAACCAUUAAAAACUGGGAAAAUGGAACAAGCCUUCAAGACACACUGCAUCAUCAGGCCAAAAAGGUUCUUAACUGCAAGGCAAAAGUUUGCCAAGGAUCUCUCAUGAACCCCAAAGGUUUGGUCAGAGGCCCUCGUGAUGGACCAACGCCCCCCGAUGAACUGUUACCUCAAGCAAUAGAAUUCAUCAAUCAGUUCUACCAUUCGUGUAAACCGCCCAAAAUAAAGGCGCACCUGGCACGCCUGGAAGCCGUAGCCAAGGAGAUUGAAACCACAGGAACCUACCAGCUGACUGUAGAGGAGCUUGGCUUUGCAACCAGGCAGGCCUGGAGAAAUGCCCCAAGAUGCAUUGGGAGAAUCCAGUGGUCCAAUUUACAGGUGUUUGAUGCCCGUAGCUGUACCACUGCCAAGGAAAUGUUUGAGCACCUCUGUCAACAUCUGCAGUAUUCUACCAAUGGCGGGAAUAUACGGUCUGCCAUCACCAUCUUUCCCCAGAGAACUGAUGGGAAACAUGACUUCCGUAUAUGGAACAUCCAGCUCAUUCGAUAUGCUGGCUACCAAAUGAUGGAUGGGUCCAUUGUGGGAGAUCCAGCCAAUGUGGAGUUUACAGAAUUAUGCGUCCAGCUUGGUUGGAAGCCCAAAUAUGGCCGCUUUGAUGUACUUCCAUUGAUUCUGCAAGCCAAUGGCCAAGACCCAGAGUUAUUUGAACUGCCGCCAGAGCUUGUCCUUGAAGUGUCGAUGGAACAUCCCACGCACGAGUGGUUUAAAGAGCUGGGCCUGAAGUGGUAUGCGGUCCCCGCAGUGUCAAACAUGCUGCUUGAGGUCGGAGGCUUGGAGUUUACGGCUUGCCCUUUCAAUGGCUGGUACUUGGGGACGGAAAUUGGGGUACGAGAUUUCUGUGAUGCUCAGCGCUACAACAUACUCCAGGAAGUGGGGAGGAGAAUGGGCCUGGAAACCAACAAGCUUUCCUCACUGUGGAAAGACAGAGCUGUGAUAGAGGUGAAUGUUGCUGUGCUGCAUAGCUUCCAGAAACAAAAUGUCACCAUCAUGGAUCACCAUUCGGCUGCCGAAUCCUUCAUGAAGUACAUGCAGAAUGAACAUCGGACGCGAGGAGGGUGUCCAGCUGACUGGGUCUGGCUUGUGCCUCCCAUCUCGGGCAGCAUCACGCCCAUCUUCCACCAAGAGAUGUUGAACUACACCCUCUCUCCUUUCUAUUACUACCAGGUGGAUGCUUGGAAAACGCACAGCUGGAAGGAUGAAGAACGGAAGCCAAGGAGAAAAGAGAUCAAGUUCCGCAUUUGGGCAAAGGCUGUCCUUUUUGCUUCCUCACUGAUGCAGAGAGCCACAGCUAACAGGACAAAAGUAACCAUCCUGUAUGCCACAGAAACGGGAAGAUCUGAAACCCUGGCCCACAGCCUAAAGGAUCUCUUCAAUUGUGCCUUCAGUCCCAAGGUUAUCUGUAUGGAUAGGUACAAUCUAAGUGAGCUGGAGAAAGAAACCCUGCUUUUGGUGGUGACCAGCACUUUUGGAAAUGGCGAUUCACCCAGCAAUGGAAAAAAACUGAAGAAUGCUCUGCUGACUAUGAAACACCUGGGUAACAAAUUCAGAUAUGCCAUAUUUGGCUUGGGGUCGAGCAUGUAUCCAGAGUUCUGUGCCUUUGCCCAUUCCAUCGACCAAAAGCUCGCACAGCUGGGGGCCUCUCCAGUCACCCCAAUAGGAGAAGGGGAUGAACUCAAUGGACAGGAGGAAGCUUUUCGUGUCUGGGCAGUUAAUACAUUCCAGUGUGCCUGUGAAAUCUUUGACGUCCAUGAAAAACACAAGAUCCAGUUACCCAAAGUGUACACCUGCAAUGUAACCUGGGAUCCGAAAGAUUUUAGGAUUGUAUAUGACUCUCAGCCACUGGAUUUGUGGAAAGCACUUGGUGACUUACAUGGGAAAAAUGUGAUUCUGACAAAGCUCAAAUUUCGACACAAUCUGCAAAGUUUACAGUCCAGCCGUGAAACCCUCCUAAUUAAGCUUUCCUGCAAGCCCGACCAGGAAAUCCAGUAUCUCCCUGGAGACCACCUCGGGAUCUUCCCUGCCAACCAGAAGGGUCUUGUUGAUGGAAUUGUGGCCUGGGUUGUGGAUGCCCCUCCAUGCGAUCAGAUCAUCAGACUGGAAACAUGUUGUGACCGUGGCUACUGGACUGCAGACAAGAAGUUUCCAGCUUGCACCUUCUCCCAAGCCUUGAUGUACUUUCUGGAUGUCACGACCCCUCCUUCGCAACAGAUGCUGAGAAGUUUUUCCCAGAUAGCAAGAGAAGAGAAAGAUAAGGCGAAGCUGGACCUCUUGGGUCAUAGCUUGGAGAAAUACAACAAGUGGAAGUUUCACAACAGCCCCACCAUCUUGGAAGUCUUGGAGGAGUUCCCAUCCAUUGAGAUCUCGGCAUCUUUCUUGCUCUCUCAGCUGCCUUUGCUAAAACCCAGAUACUACUCAAUCAGCUCCUCACAGGACUGGAAACCCAGAGAGCUUCACCUGACUGUCGCUGUGGUCACCUACAGGACCAGAGAUGGAAAAGGUCCUGUGCACCAUGGGGUAUGUAGCACAUGGCUGAACACAGUCGACUUGAAAGAAACAAUCCCCUGUUUUGUGCGCAGUGCUAAUGGAUUCCAGCUUCCAAAAGACCCGAACAAACCAUGCAUUCUGAUAGGCCCUGGCACAGGAAUCGCCCCGUUUCGAAGCUUCUGGCAACAACGUCUCCAUGACUUGGAACACAAAGGAAUCAAAGGGAAAGGCAUGACGCUCUUGUUUGGCUGCCGGCACUCCAACCUCGAUCACCUUUACAAAGAGGAAAUGAAGGAAAUGAAAGAGAAAGGGGUCCUCCAGGAGGUCUACACAGCUUAUUCCAGACAGGAUGGCGAACCCAAGGUCUAUGUCCAAGACCUUCUUCAGAGCAAACUCGAGGCAGACAUACACAGACUGCUGCAUGAAGAGGAGGGCCACCUGUACGUCUGCGGGGACGUAUGCAUGGCCAGGGACGUGACUCAAACUUUGAAGGAGAUCUUUGCAAAGCGUCUGGGCUUGACAGACGAGCAAGCAGAAGACUGUGUCUUUCAGCUGAAGAGAAAGAAACGCUAUCAUGAAGACAUUUUUGGGGCUGUGUUUCUGCACGAGAACCAAACUGACUCUGAUGAACUGAAAUCCAACCAAAACAUUAGCAAAGCAAGAUCUCAACCACAGCUAACCUUCUAG